CUUUCCAAAAAAAAUCAACAAUGGCGGCUUCUUUUUGCCUCCAUAUUCCAAAUUUAACCUUUACCCCUCUUCACUAUUCUCCCAAAAUCAAAAUCAAAAUCAAAAUCAACCAAAAGUAAUAUAGUUUGAGGAGAGAGAAAAUGAGAACAAUAGGAGAAGAAGAAGAGGUUUACAAUUGGAGAGAAGUGCAGUUACCAUCAUUGAUACCCAAAGUAUCUGAGCCAGAAUUAGAGAGAGAAACUGGAGAGAGAAGAAGAGGAAGAGAUGUGUUAAUUGCAGUGGAUCAUGGGCCCAAUAGCAAGCAUGCCUUUGAUUGGGCCUUGGCCCAUUUUUGCCGCCUCGCUGAUACUCUUCAUCUUAUUCAUGCUGUUUCCAGUGUGAAAAAUGAGGAAGUUUGCCAAGCAACAGAGGUGCUUAUGGACAAAUUAGCCGUCGAGGCUUUUCAGACCGACAUGGUGAAGACUGUCGCUAGGAUAGUGGAAGGCGAUGCAGGGAAGGUCAUCUGCAAGGAAGCAGAGAGGUUGAAGCCUGCUGCUGUGAUCAUGGGUUCCAGAGGUAGAGGAUUGGUUCAAAGUGUGUUGCAAGGGAGUGUUGGUGAAUAUUGCAUCCAUCACUGUAAAACCGCGCCAAUCAUAAUUGUUCCUGGGAAAGAUGUGGGCGAGCAAUCAGCGAUUUGAUCGAGGGAAGAGUUGUAAAUUCUGAUUGUUUUUCAGUUUGUAGUUAACUGUAUGCAUCUGUAGUUACUGGAGUGUGAUUGUAUCUGGUAUGUGUUACAUUUUAAACCCGAACUUUAAACAACCUGGAUACAAAACUGAACCCAUUUACAUAUUUUGUAACUUAUAGUAUCUCUGCAGUCUUCUGAUA